UGUGUUUAGUGCUGUUACAGCUGAUUCUGUAAUUUUAUGCUUGUGGGCCUUCUGUUGUUACAUUAUUCUCUGAUAAUAAUGAUCAGAUGAAUAAUAAAGUAAAGUACGAACUGCUUUCAAUUUUUAUUGUAACAUUUGACCAAUAACAAUAUAUAUUAGAAUUAAGCUGAUGCUGAUGUUCUCUUUCAGAGAUGAGGAUUGUAAUGUUGGGAAAAACAGGAGUUGGUAGCAGCGUGGCGAACACCAUAUUAGGAGAGAACGUGUUCCAGAUCGGCGACACUGCCAACUCUGCAACAAGUGAAUGUCGAUCAGAAACCAGAUGUGUUGAUGGAAGAGACGUCACUUUGAUCAACACUCCUGGUUUGUUCGACACGGGUCGACCUGAAGAGGAGCUGAAGGCUGAAAUAGUGAAGUGCUUCACAGAGUUCUCUCCUGGGCCUCAUGCUUUUAUCAUAGUGUUUAAGGUGGACAGAUUCACAGAUCAGGAGCAGGAAGUGAUUAAUAAAAUCAACCAAUUCUUCUCUGAAGAAGCUUUCAAGUAUGCAACAGUCCUCUUUACUCAUGGUGACGACCUCCGGGAAGGACAGACCAUUGAGGAAUAUUUCCACAACAAUCAUCUUAUGAGUGAUCUGAUGGAGAAGUGUGGAGGCCGCUGCCACGUCAUUGAUAACAAAUACUGGAAGAACAACCAGCCGGAUGAUUACAGGAGCAACCAGUUCCAAGUGAAGCAGCUGAUGAAGACCAUCGAUCACAUGAUUGAGGCAAACAAGGGAAGCUGCUACACCAACGAGGUGCUACAAGCUGUGGAGAAACUGAGACAAGCUGUGGAGAAACUGAGACAAGAGGAGGAGGAAAAGAUCAGACAGUCACCAGGAAACAAGACAGACAAGGAGAUCAGAGAGGAGGCUAAGAAGACAGUAUUUAUUACGAUUUUGAUCAAAUUGGCAGAUUUUAAUGACGGUACAUUGUUACCAGCUCUUUUUGGUGUCACCUAUAUGGUUGGAGGAAGCAAAGCAGUUUUUUCACUGCUUGAGAUUCUUUUACGGAGGGAUGAACGAAGUCUGCGAUGCUGCUGAGAAAGCAGACAGACCAAGAAAAGCAAUAAAAAGCUCAGUAGACGCUGUCUUUAAUAAAGCAACCUCUGUCUUUAAAGUUUAGGAAAAAGCAAAUCAUCAAAACUUUAAUCAGCCCUGAUUCUUAGAACGUGUCAUUAAACAUGUCCCACC